GAAUGACUCGACUCGACUCAGAAUCAUUCCUCAUUCUGAAACUUAGCGGUGCCAUUUGCUAAUCGGUGCCACCUCGGUUCUAUUGUAUUCGCUAAUGAGUGUGUCGCUACAUGGCACCAAUACCGAUACCGGUAUGAGGGCCAGGAGCGACUAAUUACUAUCACGGUACUGGUAGUACUUGCCCGCAUGCUUCCACAUGGCCGCAACCCAAACAAGAUACUAGCUAUUGCUCCUACUAGAGCCAGCUAGUACUACCGUAGUACCAGUACGGGGUGGCUUUGGCUUGUCCUUGGUCGUCUGCCACAGUACAUUGUACCGGUACGGCUGUAGGCAGUGUGUUGAACCUUGAUACGGUACACGGUACUAGAGUACGGUACGCCCAGGUCCCAAGAGAUUCCCGCACGCAUGGGGAGCUGAGUCACAGUUCCAAUCCAAACAUCCUCUCACAUGUUGAUCGCAGUUCCCAUCCCAAGACCGCGCACCUCGGAGCAACCUUCGAAGAGGUGCGCAUUGCACUUUCCAACGGACGAUGGUCCAUCAUUGCACCCAAAGAAAACAAGAAAGCUGAAGACGUUGCUAUGAAAACUUUGGGUUGACGGCCACCGAUCAGACCAAGUCUUACACUGUAGAAACCAUGGCAGCAAAUAUGCAAAAAUGGCGCCGGAGGCACGAUGUCUCUUCGAAGGGGGUUACGAAUCAAUGGCGAAGAGCUUCCAAGGUUGCAUUUACUCGUCUGGGAGUCAUUUUCGUGGGGAUUACAUUGGUGCUAUUCUUGGGGGUCGACAUGGCGGAUGCCCAAAGACCGUCGAUGCCAGUGGUGCCUACUGCCAUAAAGCUGAUACGAGAGAAGUCAGAACCAACUACAAAGCCAAAUUUGUACGAACGAAUGAUAGACCAAAUGGGUAUACCCGACGGAAGCAAGUCCUCUCAGAGGAGACGAGAAGGACGCAGAAAUGACACCCUCAGAGGCAGAGGGAGGAAGGACUCCAUGUCGAACAAACGUUCGAGCUCUGAACAUACUUUCGACAAGGCCGCGAAUGUUGGAAACUUACGGAGGCAGAAACCACCAAACUCGUACGCACGUCGCCUUCGUACCAGACGAAAAGUAAAAUCUGCGCGUACUUCGCCGCCCAACAGAAAUUCUCGAAUCAAAGGGGGCUCAUCCAAGAAGCAUAGGAGUUUGAAGAACAAAGGCAUACUGAUGCGAAAGAUGAGCGGAGGAGCGUUAUUGAGUGGGUUUGUCGGUGGGAUUGCAGGUGGAUCAGUUGUAGCAGGUAGCAUCGCUGCUGGAAUCAUUAUUGCACCAGCUUUCUCCAUGACAUCCUCCCCCACGGGCCCGACUGUUCCGACAACGUCGGCACCAACAACCGCACCUGUUCCGACAACGUCAGCACCAACUGUUUCGCCAUCUUCUGCUCCAUCUUAUUCGCCUUCGGUAUCACCGUCAACAACACCCUCUACGACGCCUUCAAUUACACCCUCUUGGACACCUUCAGCCGUAGGCGCAUCAUCUGCGCCAUCAACCGCAUCAUCUGCGCCAUCUAGCUUACCGUCAUGGUUACCAACUUUGGCUCCAUCUACCGGACCAUCUAUGGGACCUUCCGGUGGAACUACUCAGUCACCUUCUGUCCCACCAAGUGCGGGCCCCUCUGAGAACCCUGCAAGAGUCGUCACGACACGAACUCUGUCGAGCUUUGCGAUUCAGAACCUUGCUGAUAGGUUUCCAACUCAAGAAGAAAUUGAUGGCGUCAUGGUUCAGCUCUCACUUUUCUUCAGUGCCCUACUGACUGAUAGGUAUCCUGGGGCAAGUCCACAAUUUGAAAGUUUUACACCUACUGUCGACAUUACCAGCAGUGAAGUACGUGGUCCAUUCAUCAUCACAGAUAUCACAUACGAUUCAGAAACAGUAUUUGUGGAUUCCACAAACCUUCCAACAUCAGCAGAUAUUGACAGCAUCUUUCAGAAUGCAGACUACCAAGUUUUCCUAACAGAUUAUAUCCCCAAUGUCACCCCAACAGACUCGAUUUUUCUCCAGACUGUAUCAGUCUCAAGCAACAGCGGUAUAGAUGCAAGAGUGGCAUCACGCGCAAGAUCUGGCCUUGUCCUUUCGGAAGCAUCCCGUUUGCCAAACGAUGAAGAGAUUUCUGGCAUCGCUGAGCAACUCCGGUUGUUCUUCAGUGACGUGGUGGAUACGGCUUAUCCUAGCUUUGAAACGCUCGAGCUCGUGGUUGUCGAUAGUGCCAGUGAAUUCGACGGUGGUAUGACCCUUUCAGAUAUUGAGUACACGUUGGAUUCUACGUUUGUCUUUGGCGACACUCCCACCGUCGACGAGUUCGAUGCUUUGUUGGAAGGAGCUGAUUACAAUCGCUUCAUCACGGACUUUGUUCCAAACACAACCCCUGCGGAUUCAGUUUACCGAACCACCAUUGCAGUUGCAACGGAUAGUGGAAUUACAGCGGCGCCAACUUCGGCACCAACUUUAUCCACAACAGUCACAUCGCAAGGUGUAUUAGCUUUCACUCUCGGUGAUACAUCAGGAGAGUUUCCCAACUCGGAUGAGGUGGCAGGCAUUAUGGAUCAAAUUGACCUCUUCUUCGCAGAAGUUCUCAGUGCAGCAUACGAUAAUUUUGAAAGCGUCACCACCAACGAAUCUGGCUCCAGCAGUUCGACUGAUUCUCAAGAUACUUUCACGGAUGUUCCGUACACUCUGGUAGCAACAUUCACUGAUGGAACCGAUCUCCCUUUGCUGGAAGAUUUGAACACACUUCUUGAGAAUGCAGAUUAUGGUGAUUUCAUCAGAAAUUUUGUGCCGAAUGCCCAGCCAGAAGGAACAAUCUUCCUCAAGACAGAACAAGUGACAAAUGUACUCGAUGUAGCCGUCGACACAAGUGCGGUAAUGAGGUUCAUCAUGGAGAACACAUUUGGUAGAACCCCUACAGACACCGAGGUGGACGGAAUCAUGGUGCAAGUCAAUUUGUUUUACACCGACGUCUUGAGGGCUGCCUUCCCAAACAAUUUCUUGUCUUUUCAGGCUUCAUCGAAUGCCUAUGAAAGCUUUAGCGUUGGAACUUUCACCUUCACGGACAUCGACUAUGCUGCCACGACACUGUUCAUAAACUCUAACGUCCCUUCCAGGUCAGACGUCGAGGACGCUAUUCAAGCUGCUGAUCUCAAUGAUUUCAUCCAAAACUUCAUCCCCAAUACAGAGCCAACCGGCAGCGUAUUCUUGCUAACACAAAUGGUCACAAGCACUCAAGGAUCACCAGCCCCAUCCUCAGCUCCAAGCGGACAAACCCCAGCCCCCAGCUCUAUGGCCCCGACCCAACCGGAUAUUGUUGAGUCUGUUGCUACUUUGACCUUCAUUCUCGAUUUUGGCUUCAACGGUGGUCAACGAGUCCCCACCCAGGAAGAGAUAGAUGGUAUUCUGGUACAAGUUGGAUUGUUUUACACAGAUGUGUUGAGAGCUGAGUUUCCAAACUUCGAGACCUUUCAGGUAGUAGAGGAAGUUGGAACCGUUAGCGAGCUUCGAGGGCCCUUUAUCACCGUGACUCGGAUAGCAUAUGCAGGCGAGACGAUGUUUACUCCCGGCACUAUGACUCCCACCAAAGACGACGUUGAAGUAGUGAUCGCUGGGGCUGAUCUCGAAGGAGAUUUCCUUGUCAACUAUGUUCCUAAUGCUACCCCUGACGGGACAGUCUUUACAAGAACAAGCGCUGUGGUAUCUGACACGGGUACAUCUGCUCCUACAUCUAUAGUUGGGUUUAUUGGAACAAGGGCCCCCACGAAAAUUCCUGCCGAAACUGGAGCUCGUACAAACAUUCCAGCGUCCGCACCGAGUGAAUCCCCUUCCGCCAAUUCAUUGUUGCCCAGCAGUGAGCCAAGUGCGAAUCCAUCGGAGGAUCCAACUGUUUCAGGAACUCUUCAACAAGAUGGUGUGGAUACCUUUGUGUUUACGUCAGAGGACGAAGAGGUAGCUACCUGGAGGACAUUCACCACAACUUCGGAUCAUCGACCAAGGGAUAGUACUACUACAAACGCGGCAUCCACUGCUGAAACAUACGUGAGACCAAACAUCUUUCGGCAUUCGCAAGCAAGAGGAUCUACGGGGACAGCAAGAGCAUCCGCACGGGCGAGUCGCACGCAACAGCACAGAAACAGGGGUGAUGCAUAGCUGCUAGCUAGCUAGCUAGCUAGCUAGCUAGCAAGUCGUGCUGGGGAGCCCGAGUGUGGUCGGUCCUACCGGUAUGCGAGCACAGACCUUGACUUGCCAAGGUCGUCAAAUACACGUAAGCAAAAUGUGAUAUUGGCAUUGGCGGGGAUUCGUCCUGUCGUUGGAUGGAUUUGGAGACCAGUUGCAUCAGAGCUAUCGUAUACGGAGCAGCUGAUGGAAAGGUAGAAUAUUUGAAUCACAAUCUAUUGAAUCGACAAAAGAAUAUUUGACUUCUAAUGACAGGGUAGGGUGAGCAAUUAAUUAUAUACAAAUCUUCGUUUAUGUAUGCAUUGUUUCAAAGUACCGGUACGAGUACAACUAACUGAUUUAUAAAUUUUAACUAGCUAGCUAGCUAGCUAGAGAAGCAAACUGUAGCACUACAUUUAUUUGUGGAUCAUGACCCGACAUAUCUCGCAGCAGCCACCAAAAGAGAGGAAACGU